GAGGAGAUACGAAUUACCGUGUUUUUCAGUAAUAGUUAUGCGAGUAGAGACCCAUCGAAUAUUCCACCGAAGCAUAAUAAUUUGCGUUAAAAAUGAAGAAAAUAUUGUGUACUGUUGUCCUGGUAUACAUCCUAGUGAAUAUUAGACCAGGUUCAGCCAUUAGAUGUUACCAAUGUGAGGAUGUAUUGGGCGAAGGGCUACACUGUGAAUCGAAUGUGAAAGAUGUCUUAACUCCUAACUGCACGGAAACCUUCGUUUGUCUGAAAUACAUAUAUCACACCGACAAUACUACCGCAGCUAUCCACAGAGGGUGUGCUCCUGAAAGCAAAUGCGAAGAGCUGAAGGCUAGUCUAUCGGGUUUGGAGUAUUGUGGAACAUGCCCCACUUCCCUUUGCAAUUCGGCCCCAAUGUCGUACCGUGCGGUAUCCCUAUCGUCACCUAUACUAUUCUUUAUCAUAGCGUGCAUUGGACUGUAUCAGUAAUAGAAUGUAUUUUUGAAAAAUAUAUGUUAAAAGAGAUGGUGAAUAAAUUUUUAUAUUUUUUAUAAGGCA